AUGGACGAGGACUUCUCCUCUCAGAUGAAGAAGAUGGCCUUGGCCAUGGGCACGUCCCUGUCAGACAAGGACAUAGAGUUGCUGCCCACGGACAUGAGGCAUCACGGCUCCUUCAACUACCUCAAGUUCUUGGAGUACAUGCAGAAGUUCCAGGCCUCGGGGCAGCUGGAGAGCGCCAUCCGCCAGGCCUUCCAGACUCUGGACAAGGACAAGAGUGGCUUCAUCGAGUGGAAUGAGAUCAAGUACAUCCUGUCCAUCGCCCCCAGCAGCACGCCCACCGCCCCGCUGACGGACGAGGAGGCAGAGGCCGUGAUCCAGGUGGCAGACACGGAUGGGGACGGCAGGAUCGACUUCGAAGAAUUUUCUGACUUGAUCAAAAAGGAGAAAGUUCCAAAGAAGAAGUAAUACCACACCCAGCCCUGGGCCAGAAGAAGCUACACCACGGGGCAUCGCGGGGUGUUUGUGUACCCGAUCAAGGAGGCCGUGGGGGUGGACACGGCAUGUGCCAGGGAAGUGGAAGAAAAAUGUCACUAAAUGAACAAUGCAG